CAAAUAUGCACUGAAGUCAAUGGAAAGCGUUUUAGCCAUUGUUGCAGACGUCAUGUCCCUUCAUACUGGAGUGAAGAGUCUUUACACACUUGAUGGACAACCUGUUAAAUCUGUGACGGAGUUGAAGUUUGACAGCUGUUACGUUGCUGUUAGUAAGGGGAAGUUUAAACCUGUUCAGUACUUCAGCAAGAAAUGUGACGGGAACAAAUGUAAAGAGAAACUAUUUGUUCAAGCAGUACGUCAUAAAGAAGACAUUAAACCUGUUGUUCAGACCAAAACCGAGGCGACUGGUAAAAAUGAGAGAAAUCCAAAAAUAGAGUAUUUCACCAUCGAUGUUUUCACCAAUGGAGAGCCUCUAAUUCCUUCAGUGACUGUAAAAAUUCCAAAGACGGCUCUGAAGUCGAUGGACAACGUCUGCAGCGUGGUGGGAUCCAUGAUGUGCUCUCAUGCUGGAGUGAAGAGGCUUUACACACUUGAUGGACAGCUUGUGAAAGAUCCACAAGACUUGAAGAAUGAUGGAAAAUAUGUUGCUGUUACCAGGGGAAGGUUUAAACCUGCCGACUACUUCCAGCCAGUCUGAGUGCCCCU